CGAACCGAAGAGGGUGUCUGACAGAAGGUCAUAAAGAUUAAACCCGCGCGAAACGCUUCUUCUUUUGUUUUUUGAGAGACCGAUUUUCCGGCAUGGUGCGGUUUUUGUGAAGGAAUGAGUACACUCAAGUUGUUUAUGUGUGCAGUAGUGUGAAAUUUUAACAUUCCUUCAAAAGUUCAAAGAGGAAUUUUUCACGGUUUCGGAGUGGAAGCGGCAAAAAAAUUGAAUCUCCACAACAAAGGAGCACCAACAUAAGCAAACCACAUUCCUAGCAGAAUUCACGUGAAUGGAGUACGAGAAAAUAAUGUUGCCAUAGAAUGAAGUUGCUGAAAAAGAUAAAUGUGAAAAUAUUUCAUAGUGGGGAAUAAUGAAUGUGAAUGGAAAUCAUAUAUCUUUGAGAAUGAGUAUAACCUGCAAAGUUUCGAGUAUACAUAAGUUUUCUUGAAUUAGAGGAUGGUUAGGAUGAUGUCUGCUUUAAGUUUUCCUCUUCUCUACACGGCUUUCUUCGGAUUUAUCAUUCACGGAACUCUCUCAGCGAAUGGACUUAAAUGGGUCCGUGUGAGCAUACCCCAGUUCAGGAUGCCGGGAGAAUCGGCGGUUCUCCAUUGCGACUAUGAUUUAGGUGGAGAUGCUCUCUACGCAGUCAAGUGGUAUAAGGAGCACGAAGAAUUUUACAGAUACGUCCCGAGAGCUAAUCCUGCUGCUACUUCGUAUAAAGUGGAGGGCGUCCAUGUAGAUCUUUCAAAGUCAGACAGCAUGAAAGUGACCCUUCAUUCUGUUGGUUGGAAAACGAGCGGUCUCUUCAGAUGCGAAGUGUCAGCAGAAAAGCCCUCGUUUGCUUCAGCUCAGAGUGAGGCCAGAAUGGAAGUUGUGUCACUUCCGCAGGAGGAUCCAGUGAUAACGGGGGUAGAACCUCAAUAUCAAAUUGGGGACGAGAUAAAUCUGAACUGCACGUCAGGCAGGAGCUAUCCGGAGUCCAUACUACACUGGUACAUAAACGAACAACAGGUAGUGACUCCUGCAUCACUGGUACGAUAUCCUCAUACACACCACAAGCAUGGACUCAUAUCGGUGACGUUGGGUCUGAAGUUCACCCUGAGCAAUCGACAUUUCUUAGGCGGGUCGAUGAGAGUCAAGUGCACUGCUUCGAUGUCGCCAGAGCUGUGGAGGGGAGACAGAGAAAGUGUGGUGCAGAGCAUGCCUGUGAAGGAUAUGAGGGAGGCCCUGCUAUUAGUGAAAAGUUCGAGCAGUAAUAUUUUCUACCCAACAAUCAUUCUUAUAAUUUCUUUGUGCGCAAUAGUAUUCUGGAAUGGAGAUUGAGAACUGUUGAUGUGUGGGAGAUUGGAGAGCUUGAUCAAAUAAGAAAAGGAAAAAAUAAUAAGUGCUGUGAAGUGACUAUUUCGAAAACGAUUCUCUGUGAUUUUCUUGAAAGAAUGAUUUCUGUCAAUAUUGUACAUAAACAGUUAGUUGAUCAUAUUUUAUCCUCAUUUGGUAUUGUAGAAUGAGUUCGCUUCUGUAUAUAUUCAAGUAACUUAAGUUCUCAAUUCGUCAAUUCAUUAGCGCACUACGACAAUGUAGUAGAGUACUGUAAUCUGAAAUAUAACGUCAAUUAUUUCUGCAUCAAUUGUGAUUUAUUUUGAAAGAAACAACGAGGAAGAGUUGAUUCAAAUCUGAAAACGCAAUUUAUCUGAAAAAAUAAUGGCUAUUGAGUGACAGCAUAAAACACUUUGAAAGUGAUGAAUUUCCGAUAAAAGUUUAUUCGCACAAACUGGAUUUCUUACUGUGAAGGUGCUGAAAAUUUCAUGUUCCUUUUUUUCUGUCUAUCCUUUCACUUCAAUAAAUUUGAAAAAUUCAAAUAAUAUACCAACGCGAAAAUUGUAAUAAUUUUUCUCAUAGAAGCUACCCACCUUGUGAUAAACUUGCGAAUUUUUCGCAGAAAUCCCAUCAAUGUAUGUAAUUGAAUAAGUAGUUCUUAGAAUCUUGCUUGUUGUGUGAAUCUGCUGAGUUUUUAGGUCGAAAGAGUAGUCUCUUAAUUGAUCAAAAUUGAGGAUCUGCUUAGAAUAAUAUUAUAUCAGCUUUCUAAUAUAUUCUGGAAUUAUUUACAAGAAAAUAUGCGUUACUUAUACUUUUUCUGAUGAUGGAGUGAUUAUUUUUAAUAAAUGGUAAAAAAUUAA